AUGCUCUACGCCAAGACCCUGUUUGCCGCCCUCCUGGCCGCCGCUGUGCUCGUCCAGGCCGAGCCCACCCAGACGACCCCCGUGUCGAUCAAUCCACACGGCAUCGCCCUCAAGCCAGUGCCGCAGAAGAGGGACGCCGUCGCUGACGCUCCCAGUCCCAGCGUGGAAUUGACCAACGCGCAACGUCUUGCGAGGGGACUACCUUUGCGCAAGCCGAGUCGUCAAUCGAAGAAAUCCAGACAGGCUAGACAGGCGGCGCCCUCUGCGUGCCCGAGCACCGCCUACUCCGGCAUUGUCCAAGUCACCGAUGCCGACACGGGCGCAGGCCUGGGAUACCUGCCGAGUACGCUUAACCUCUUCGCCGAAUACGGCGUGACCCCGAGCGCGGAGGGCGCCCUCCGCGUCGCGUUCAGCGCCGCGAGCUGCGCCGGGGCCGCGAGCCAGCUGGACAUUCUGACCACAAACGGCGCGGCCGACUUUCCGUACCUCGGACUCAUCUCUGGCUUCGCCAACGCGGGUACACAGGGCGACCUCGGCGCGGGGUCGUACAACUACGCGUACUUUGGCAGCGUCACGCAGACCCCUGCGGGCUCCCCGCCGGUGACUGCGCCGAACUCGUACAGCGUCGCGACGGGCGUGCCCGAGGUCGUCGAGAGCGCCGUGUGGACGUACGACGCUGCGAGCGGGUCCAUCAGCGCGCAGUGGGUGAAUACAGACGGAAGCGUGGUCGCGACGGACCUCCUGUACUCGGCGUCGGACAACACUAUCGUCGCGGCCGGCGACGUGGCAAGCUUCCGCAGCCGGUUCGGUUCCGCGGGGACUUUCCCCAGGCUGACUUUGAGGCUGGUUCCUGAUGGGGGCGCCUACUAG